UUCUGGUGAUGUGGAUUUUGUUGUAGCAAAUGCUAAGGAAAAUAAGGGUUAUGAUGGAAAUAGGCGUUGUGGUCAUGAUGUAUAGCAAUGUAGCCUUGCCUAUGCACCGAAUUGUCAGGUAUGGAUGUAGACCACACCUCUACCCUCAUACCUUUCAGAGCUCACACAGAAUUAGCAGCAAAUGAACAAGGCCACAUGAGAGCAAUGAAAUGGAUUUACUAUUUCACUUAGUACAGUAGAAGAGGACUAAUAACAUGGCAGCCAAAUUUAUAUUUCCUGAGAAUCAAGUCAAUCUUGCAAAAAGCUCUUUUUCAAAAGCUCACUAUAAAGAACCCAGUAGGGAGAUGAGAAACGGCCAUGCUCUGACACACGAGUACACCAUGCUAUCCCCACCUUCUGCUCUUGACAAUGAGGGCUGAACUCUGUAACUGGCAGGGAGAUGUCUCUGUCUGAUCCUCACAGAUGGACACAUCUAUCAGCAUGUCAGGUAGGCAUCAGUUAGAGCUGACUUACGUUUUCCUCAGCUUUGGCAAAGUCAUAAUGAUUAUGUAAAUUUAUCUAAGGGCUGUUAACUUGUAAUGAAGUAAGAAAAUAUGUCCUGUGCAUGUACCAGUUUGCAAGAUGUAUAAUGACUUUCUCUUUUCUCUCAACAGCAUGGCAUUGGCAUUCCCUCCAUUUUUAUUAUGCGUAUGCUUCACGAACUCAUCAAAUUACUGCACCAUGCCCAGUGCUGUGAUGUUACCGUUAUCAGAACUGGUACAUUAGGGAGAAUAGGCCAGGGUCUACUAGAUGGAGCGCUGUGGUCCUUUUCCAGAGAAGAAAAGUUUCACUGCUUGAAGAGAGCACAUAAAGCCGGCAUCAGGAAUACUGACACGGAAUCUGCAGUGUCCUUGGCUACACGUAGAAAUUGUGAUCUAAAAGAGCAUGAGCAGGGGAGGGUCAGGGACAGAGAAGGACAGCCCAGCCUUGUUUGGGUUCUGCGGUGCAUGGGGGAAUCUGUGCCUCACCUUGCUGUCUUUGCCUACAGUUUAUAUGAAGAUUUUCCUGGAAGUCCAUUCUGA